AUGGUGGCAGAUAUUGCGCCUCUGCUGGGCCUGGAACCCCCUGAGUUGGAGUAUUUAAGUGCUAAUGAGUCAGUGUACACCAAAGUUCAGCAGUACAUGCAGAACGUCGCGAAUGAUGUGUACAGAAGCUCAGAACAGCAUCAGGUGGCAAAUGCGCACCAUACUGCCACGGUUACAAAUUUGGGUACGUUUAUGUGCAUGAGCAAGAG